AUGACCAAAGAAGGACCAGCUUACAACCUUCUCGAGCGAGAGUUCCACGAUCACGACCAGCAGCAACUUGUUGGGAGUAGGGGCAUCCAAGCUCCUAGCGCGGAUCAUCAUCAUGGCCCUUUUCUUCUUUCUUUUUUUGUGUCCGGUCCCUUGUGUGUGUUUUUUUUAAGGCAACUCCGGGGGCUGCUGCUCUGGGGCAUCCAAUUCCUCUUCUUUCUUUUGCUGCUGAUCUCACAUCGAGAGCAGCUCCUUCUUGUUCAGGGUCAUCAGAUGAGAGAUCUUCUUCCGACUCCGAGAAAUCGGUCAAGCGGGAGGCUACCCUCGACUCACCUUUAUAUAAAAAAACCCCUCCCCAGAGGAGAGCAGAAGCUCCAGGAUGAGUAUGUCCUGGAUUCCCGGAUUCAUUCUCGUCCUGAUCCACUAUAGAAUCUUCGAAAUCUACAAAAACAUUCUUGGAGAGGGCUCGUAAUGAUCUUCUCAAAGAUCACAAGGUGCUGAAGUGGCAGGAGUUGGGGGGCGAUCUGUAGGUUUUUGUGAAAGGGAUGCUCAACUCAUGUUCUUUCUGAAAAGAAAAAGCGAAUUCUUGAUGUCGAUUCAUCCACACUUCCAUUCCUUGUAGAGGAAGGCUAACUGCUUGCUGGCUGGGAGCUGUAUGAGCGGUAACGUCCACGUACGGUUCCGUGAGAAGGGCGGUGGACAGAAAUGGCCUUGUUGUACCUCACUCUCGUCUUCAAUGGGGUCUGCUCUUUUUUUUUGGAGAGUAUGCCAAUAUGAU